UUGAAAAGAGUCACCCGGCGCACUUUAGCUCCCCUACUCCUUUUCAUCAUCUCCCUCUGUACUGCCUAAUAAAAAGAGCACUCGAAAAAAAAAAGAGCACACUGAAGAGCUUCCAAAACACAUCACACAUUCGGUCUGAGGGACACAAAAAUCAUUUAACUCUCAAGACUGAUCUUAUCCUUCUAUAUUUGCAUUUAUUCAGAUAUUCGGGGUUGAAAAAUGGAGAAACGAAUUGUUGUGAUUAAUUACGACCUCAAAGCUCUUGGCAUAGUGUAGAACUCUCAAAAGAGAUCUCUGGGUUCCAUUUUAACAAAGAAGAAGCCCCCCUUUUUCCUCCUCUUCUCUUCUCUUUUUCUUUUCGGGGAAUGGGUUGUAAGAGAACUAUAGCAGUGGACUUAAAUCCAGAGAGGAAAAGGAGUGGUGGGUUAAGAACUAAACAGGCAGGGCGUGGGUCUUGCAGGGGAAGUUAAGCUAUUUGAGGGUAAAGCAAAGGAAAGGAAGGAAAAUGAUUUUUGUCUUGGAGGAAUAAUUAUUUUUCCUCUCUGUUCUGAGUUGCAUCAUUUUGAAUCAUCUUUAUAUAUCCAUACAUACAAGAAUAUAAGCAUAUUCGUACAUACGUGCUGUUCAUUACUAGCGCAUGCUGGUUUCCACAGUUACUGGGACAUUUAGUAAUUUUUCAAUGGGAUAUUUGUUAAAAGAAGCUUUGAAGAAUCUCUGUGGAGCCAACCAGUGGUCUUACGCUGUUUUCUGGAAGAUCGGUUGCCAAAACCCUGAGCUUUUAAUGUGGGAAGAAUUUUUUUCUGAACCUGUAUCAAAUGCCCAUCUUCCAGGCAUUUCCAGGAUUGAGGAGCCGGGAAUUGGUUUUGAUGGUUAUAAUGCUUGUGGGUUUUCAGCUGAGGUUCAAGCAGAGGAUAAUUUGCAUUUGCUUAUAAAUAAGAUGAUGACAGACAAUCAUGUUAAUGUAGUGGGAGAAGGAUUAGUUGGAAGGGCUGCAUUUACAGGAAACCAUCAGUGGAUUCUCUCUGAGAAUUGUACUAGAGAAGGCCAUCCACCACAGGUUCUUCGAGAGCUGUGCCAACAAUUUUCAGCUGGCAUGCAGACAGUUGCUGUUAUUCCUGUUCUUCCUCAUGGUGUCAUUCAGCUUGGUUCAUUCUUUGAGAUGGCGGAGAAUAUAAGGCUUGUAAAUGAUGUGAAGUCUUUAGUUAUUCUGCCUGGACAUGAACCUGGUCUCUUGCUAUCUGAUAAUUAUGCAGCAAAAGAAUUUUCUUCGAAAACUGGGGUUCCUGUAUUUCUUGAAAAUUCUGCCUCUGGGGACUUAUCUGGCAUAUCGAAUGUGAUCAACUCUACUCCAUCCAUUACUGACAGUUGGAACUAUUUGGAAAACUCUGCUCAGACUACUCAGUUUGUUGGUGAUAUGUCUGGUUCUCUUGCAAGACAAAUCCAGGAUAAUUUGCUGUCAAAUGGUACAGCAUUUAAUGCCUCUAGCUCAGGCCAAAGUCAUAUUAAGCUCUAUGAUGACCUCGAAGCGAAAUUUGCUAUGAGAAUGAAGUCGAACUCUACUUUGACAAACGAAUUAGUGGCAAAAGCUGAACUUCUCUCCUUGCAUCCAGAGACGUUUUUGAAUCAACAGGCUUCUUUGCACUUCCCAAAAUCUGAUCAACUAUCUUCUAGCAGUUCAUCUACAGUUGACAGUGGCAGCUUAAGGUGGCUGGAAAACGGAAUAUUGUCAAAUGCUGGUAUUCAAGGUCAUUUUGGUACCCCCAAUGUGUCAUCUGGCAUGUUGACGUCUGUGCCGAGAACAAAUGCAGAUAUGAUUUCUAGUUCUCAUGAAGAUCCUGGUGACCAUUUGACGACCAAUCACAUGCUUUUGUAUAACUCUGGUAGCAGACAUUUUUUUACGGAUGACAGAAGUGCAAUGCGUGAGUUGAAUGUCUGCAAUGAAAGAAUGGCAAACAAAGUAAUUCAAGCUCAUGGUACACCCCUGUCCAAACAUGAUGAGCACAAGAAUUCGGGUGAGCUUCCACAUGGUUUUUUUCUAGCCGACAGAAAUCAUGAAUUUGAAGGUGAGAGUCAAUCAUUUAAAAAUACUGAAUAUGAAGAUGCAUGUACCGGACCUCAAUCGGGAGAUGAUUUGUUUGAUAUGUUGGGCACUGAAUUUAAGAACAAACUAUUUAACAGUUGCUGGAGUAGUAGUAAGAAUAAAGCAUCAGACUCAAACAUGGGUAACCUGUAUAGCAAUAAUUCUCCAUCUGUAAAAAGUCAGGACACUGCUUCCGAAGUACAUUCUCUUAACCUUGGAAACUCGAAUAGUGGUAUUUUGUUAGUGAAUGGAAGUGAGCAUCUUAUAGAUGCUGUGGUCUCUGGAGUUCGCUCUUCUGCUAAGCAGCCCUCAGAUAAUUAUGUUUCUUGCAGGACAACAUUGACAAAUAUGAGUAGCUACUGCGGACCUAAUGUUGAACUCCCCUAUGGUCAGGUUCCGGCUCUCGAUCAGAUUAAGGAAGAGUUAUUUGAUGUUCCGGAAUAUCUGGCAAAAGCAGAAGCAAUGAGUUCUUGUUCAUUUCUAUCUGGAUCUUCUAAGGAUGAUUCGGGCAACUAUUCUGAGAGUAGUUCCAUUUAUGGAUCACAAAUAAGUUCAUCGAUUGUAAAGGGUAAUGACAUCAAAGAGAAUAACUGUGCAUUAACAGGAUAUUCUAAGAAGCCUGAUGAAAUUAGCAAAGCAAAUCGCAAGAGGCUUAAACCUGGAGAAAAUCCAAGGCCCAGGCCAAAGGAUCGCCAGAUGAUCCAAGAUCGUGUAAAGGAAUUAAGAGAAAUUGUGCCAAACGGGGCAAAGUGUAGCAUUGAUGCUCUUCUGGAAUGUACUAUCAAGCACAUGCUUUUCUUGCAGAGUGUCACAAAGCAUGCAGAUAAGCUAAAACAAACAGGAGAGUCAAAGCUUCAGAUUAAUGGCAAGGGUGGUGGUUUGCUCUCAAAAGAUAACUAUGAAGGAGGAGCAACGUGGGCUUAUGAAGUUGGUUCACAGUCUAUGGUAUGCCCUAUCAUAGUAGAAGAUCUAAAUCAACCCCAUCAAAUGCUUGUGGAGAUGCUUUGUGAAGAGAGAGGUUUGUUUCUAGAAAUUGCUGACAUAAUUAGGGGGCUGGGGUUGACCAUUUUGAAGGGGGUUAUGGAAACUGGCAACGACAAGAUCUGGGCACACUUUGCCGUGGAGGCUGACAGGGAUGUGUCAAGGAUGGAAAUUUUUGUUUCACUCUCGCUUCUUUAUAAUCAGUUUGGGUUUCACACAUUUGAAAUCUACAAUAAUUAUUUUGUUAUUAUAAUGGAUAUUUUGGAAACGUUUGUUGAUGAAGACCGUGUUAUUGUUAACUUUGACAUUGCAUCCGAAAGUGGAAAUGAGUCACAUAGAGCGUUCAUUCGUCAACAACGAGUUCAAAAAGAGAAAGAGAGGCGAAAAAGACUUAGAAAUAAUUGUAGUGAUUAUCAUAAAAGGAGAAGUGAUCCUACGUUAUCUGGAAAGAAUGAUUUUAUCGAUCGCCACUUAGAUGAAUCUAUAAUGCAUCAACAUCCUUACGCUUCAACUUUAGAUCAAGAAAUGCAUAAUAUUAUCAGUUUUGAAUUAGGAGAAACUUUCAAAGGAUUGAACAUACCAUCUACUGCAUAUGUAUUACCAACAUUCAGCUACUGUAAACAUUGUAAUGCACGCAAAUUUUAUAGAGAAAAUAAUGAAAAUACUAAUGUUCGUACUCGUGACAUUUCUAUAUACGGCCAUUCUGACGAUUCACCCAAAGUUCAUUACUAUUAUGGGUGUUAUGAUCCAUUGCAAUAUCCGUUACUGUUUCCGUAUGGGGAAUCUGGUUGGCAUGAAGGCAUUGAGAGAUGCAAAAGUAUAUACUUUCAGCCUCAACAUAUGUUGGCAUAUGAUGUUAUUCUUAACACAGCUACUUCUGCAAUUGAAAUUAUCGAAAAAGAGAAUGAAGUGCUCAAUGAAGCGAAGAAACAUACUCUGGUAUCUUGUCGAGAAUACUAUUCAUAUAAAUUACAAAUUAGGCAUUUUGAUAUGUACGUUAAGAUUGAAACUGCCAGGUUAGACUAUUUUCGUAAUAAUCAGAAACAAAUUCGUGCUGAACUUUACCAAGAGCGUGUUAUUGCACAUAUAUAUGUGAUUGAAUUUCAAGAAAGAGAACUUCCUCAUGCUCAUAUGUUAUUAAUAUUUAACUCUGAAAAUAAAAUCACUUGUGUUGAAGAAGUUGAUAGAAUUGUGUCAUGUGAAAUUCCUGACAAAACAAAAUACCCUCAUCUUCAUUCUGUUAUUGUUAGACACAACAUGCAUGGUUAUUGUGGAAACUUGAAUUCGAAAAAUACAUGCAUGGAGGGAAAUAAAGAGGAUAUUAACUGUAUUUUAGAAUCCUUAGGCAAAAACAUAAACGACUAUAAAAUUGUACCAUUCAAUGUAGAUAUAAGUGAGAAUGAUAAAUUAAGAAGAAUGGUUGAAGAUGAAACAACAAAUUUGAAUCUCGAAGGAGGCCACGUUUGCGGCACAGGUAAAACCUUUUUACAUAAAGCAUUACUAACUGCUGUAAGGUCUCAAAAUUCUAUUGCUUUGGCAACUGCAUCUUUUGGGGUAUCAGUAUCUCUUUUACUUGGAGGUCGAACUACUCAUUCAAGGUUUAAAAUUCCUUUAGAAAUAAUUGGUGAAGUAAGGUGUUCAGUUAAUAAGCAGUCAGCUUUAGGAAUUUUGUUGGGAUGA